AUGGCAGGAGCAAUAGACAAAAUUGUGUUUUUUAGUCUAGGAAGCACUUUAUGCUCGCUGGAUAUUUCUUCAUCAGAAGUACGAAAAUUUCAUGUACACAAAGAAACUAUUACUUCCUUGCUUACACAAUCAAGAAAACUUUACACAGGUGGAGCCGAUGGACUCAUAGUAAUAUGAAAUCUCCCAAAUUAUACAAAAAUAGACACAAGUGCGCCUAUCAAAAUGCUCACUGCCAGCACAAAAAAUCUUUACUUUAUUUGUGGGAACAAUUUACUUAACUUAACUUAGUGUCUGGUAUAUUUAAGGUCUCUAGUGCCGCACCCCAUAAAAAUGGAGUUAUAGCGAAAAAUUGAUGACGUCGCCGGGCCAUCUUGGAAUCGCGAUGGUUAGCCCACCGGCCAAGCCUUCAUCUGCACUUCGCCCAUCUUCGCCGCACGUCUCACCCGUGGGAACAAUUUACAGAUAAAUAUUUUAGAUCUUACCACAUCUCAGAUUCAGCAUCAAACCAUUCUUAAAGGCCAAGUCUCAGAUGUAAUUGGGAUGCAAAUGUUCCCAGAUGAAUCAAACUUAGCCAUUCUUAAGGGAACUUCAUUUAUUACAUAUAAUUUAACGACUCAAGUGACCAAAACUUUUGAGCACACAGUUCCUCUAUCCUGCCUUAAAAUUCAUCCAGAGCAAAAAUACAUAGUUGUUGGUGACACGGCUGGACAAAUUAUUAAAUUUUUCCCAAAUAACUCAAAGCAAAAAUUGCAUUGGCACUCUCAUAAAGUCACAACUUUAAAAUUCACUAGUGAUGGAAGCUAUUUAAUCUCUGGAGCCACAAUUAAAAUGGCGGAGUUUGGUAAAGAAAGCUCCCUUACUUUUGGCUCAGUGAAGUUGAACUUUUGUUCUUCUGGGAUUUUGUCCUAUAAAGACGCUAUUCAUAGGCACUGGGUAGCAAAAGAAGAGUGUUCUUUGAAGCUGGAGGCGAAUGAAGUUAUAACGGUCAUGUAACUGCCGAUCCACUGCUCAGAGCGGAGCUCGUAUCUCACGUAAAAGGCUUUAGAAAGCAGGAGAUCAAGUUAUUUAAGGGUUAUCUAAAUAAAUAACUAACUAAUCUCUCUGGAGGGGAAGAAGGAGUUUUAGUGCUGUGGCAUGAGUCAUCUGGAAAUCAAACAUUCCUUCCAAGAUUGGGCAGCACAAUUAUAGAUUUCACUAUUAGUGAUGAUAAUUCAUUUUAUGUAGUGAAAUUGUUGGACAAUUCUGUCAAAGUGGUAUCCAGUACAGAUAAUAAAAUAAUUUCACGAUACGAAGGUCUGACAGACCCUUCAAAAAUCCUUCCUUAUAAUAGGAUAUUUACUGGGCUAGUAAGAUAUGAAGAGUUGUACGUACUAAAUGGCUCUCCAGGAUAUAUUCAAUUUUUUAAUCCAAAUAGCAACCAAGUAAUCAGGUUUGACUGCGUUAAGCGCAAUCCAGUAUCCCGAACUCAUCGAAACUAUCCUUACCCCCUUCAAGUUAUCCAAGUCGCAUUUCUUCCUUCAAUAAAUGCAAUGGCCACAAUAGAAGCCUCGAACAGUCCAAAUUUUUCAAUAACUUACCUUAAAUUUUGGAAUGACAAUAAGCUCAACACUUUGAUCCUCCAUCCACACAGCGACACCGCAAAUAGAAUCAUUUCAUAUCAAGAUUCAUUUGUGAGUAUAGGAAAUAGCAGCUUUAUUGUGUGAAAAUUCGAAGAAAAAGAGUGGAGAAAUUUUUGUGAGAAAAAAUUAUGGGAGCUAGUUCCAACUGAUUUGUGUGAAAACAAAGGAAAUUUAGUAGUAGUGUUUGAGCACAUUAUUUCUAUAUGGAACCAAAACUUUGAAAAAGAGCAUGAAAUUUAUGAGCCUGAAGGAAACUGGUUUAUCCAAAUAAAAUCUGCAAAGGAUUUUUUGGUAGCAAGAACACAGGAAAAAAUAUUCUCUUAUAGAAAUAACCUUAUGGUCUGGAAUCUCAGACUAGACUUUGUCCAUGGAAUUGAAGCAGAAGGAAACCAUUUCAUCAUUGGCUUAAAUGCAAGCAAAGUUACUCCUAACUCCCCCCCCCCUCCGUGAGCGAACAAAAAAAUUUUGUUCGCUCACGGAGGGGGGUUAAUUUUUUUUUUUUAAAAAAAAUUUAUAUAUAAAUUUUAUAAAAAAUAUUUUUUUCGAAAUUUAAAAAAAUCCUAAUUUGCAAAAAUUGGGAAGCAAAUAUUAAUUUAAUUUGCAAAAUUUAUAUUUUUUAAACGCAAUUUGUUUAAAAUUAAACAGAAUUAGCUCUAGAUUUCAUUAUACUAAUUAUCACUUAUAUAUCAAAAUUUUUUUCCAUUAAAAUUUUUUCUAUUAAAAAAAUUUUUGUUCACUCACGGAGGGUGGGUUUUUGGUCAAAAAAUGGCGAUUUUUCUAAUGGUUUUGUUCGCUCACGGAGGGGGGGGGGGGAGUAAGGAUUUAAGAGAAAAACGUACCAAUAUUUUAUUGAAAUUUGAUGCUCAUUCCUCCAUUCCUGAAAAAAUCUACAAAGUCAGUUAUCCCAAAGCAUUUUCCCUAUACAACAACCAAACUAUCAUAAUUGAUAAAAAUUUUGAAUUCGUAAACCUUGACGUUCAAAUGGAAAUAGAGUCUGACCAGCUCCCAGAACUAGAAAAGCCUGAGCAAAUUGAAAGAAAAGAAACACAAAAGUAUGAAGCAGCACCUAGGUAUUUGAGCACAAAAUCAAUUUCUGAGCUGGAUGAGGUGAAAUCAUUCGAGCUUCCAAGUAUGGAGAAGCUUUUUGAAGAAAUUGUAUGCAAAGAGCUAGAGUCAUUUUCCCUUGAAUAA